GGCAGGCUAGUGGGGCUGGGAUUUGCAACAGAAGGGGCUGAAAGCAGCCUGCCCAGUCCUUCCACUGGGGCGACUAUCAACCAGGGGGCACCCCCCAGUGACAAUCGCUUGUCUCUGUAUAAUCUGAAAAUCCUGUAGAGCAAACGUUGCCCAGGGACACAGUGGAACUGGUAGCCCCCGUCGGCCCAGAGCCCCAAACUGGUACAGUCACAAACACAAUGGUUUUUACAAGCAUGAGCUGAAGUUUAUUUCCUGGAUUAAUUAGAAAGGGCACACAGCAGUCACACAUGUCUGACAGUCCUAAUGGAUGGAAUAUCUCUUAUGUUACAGCGGCGAGAAGGAACCAGACCCCCAAAGCCGUCACCCUCCCAGUAACCCAGGUCGUGUCACUUUCAACCAUCAUCAACGGCAGCCAGAGUUCUGAUGAUGGAGUGAUCAUCAGCCAUCACUGGGAGCAGGUUGGAGGUCCAUCCAUAGAGCUUGGAGCUUUCUCGGACACACAGAUUCUCAACCUAUCCAACCUUGCCCCUGGGGAGUACACGUUCAGGUUGACCAUUACAGAUUCUGCCGGGUUGUCAGACUCCUCCAUGGCUACAGUGAAAGUCAUUCAGUCAGUGGAGAAUAACCAAAUGCCCUACCCCAGCCAUGUCACUCUCACCUCCAGCCCUGGCCUUGCUGCUACCCUGGCCCACAGGCAGGAUGACCUUACUGCAGCUACCCCCUCUGCUAGUGCCUCUGUCACUCAGAAGACAGAGAACAAAAGCACCCCCAUAGCUGAGGUCAAGGUGUCAAACGGAGCUCCUGUGGCUAUAGUGGGUCCUAACAGGCAGCUGACCCUCCCAGUGACCAGCGUCACCUUGGACGGAAGCAGCAGCACUGAUGACCACGCCGUCACCAGCUACCACUGGGACACCAUCAGGUACCAACACUGUUCAUAUAGGUCAAAGGUUGAGUCCAUAAAAGUCUAUAAAGAUAUGAAGAACAAGCUGAAGAGCCUUCUUACAAUGUCAUUUUCUGUGCUGUUUUGUAGAGGUCCUCCAGGGUCAAGGACACAGGGUGUGGACAAGCCCAUAGCCAUAGUAACGAGCCUCAGAGCAGGCCGCUAUACAUUUAGUCUGACUGUGAGUGACCAGGAAGGGCUGAAAGACAGUGCCUUGCUCACAGUCAGGGUUCAAGAGGCCAGAAGCCUUCCACCUGUAGCACAUGCCAGCGGCAGCCACACCCGAGCCAUGCCCAACAACUCCCUGGUACUCAGAGGCUCAAUGACGGAUGGUGACCCAGCCACGGUGGACUUCCUCUGGGUCCGGGACAGUCAGAGCCCUGCUGCUGGGGAGGUGCUGUAUGGUUCAGAGCAGCAGGCCUCCCUGUACCUGGCCAACUUGGUGGAGGGGACCUAUCUGUUCCAGUUGCGUGUCACAGACACCCAGGGACGCAGCAGCACCGCCACAGCCACCAUGGAAGUGCGGCCAGACCCUGGUGGUCGUGAGGAGGUGGAGGUGGAGAUGUUGGUUGCGCUGGCCCAGGUGAGUGUGUCACAGAAGGACACCGUGCUCAGACAGUUGGCCGCACUGCUCCACGUCCUGGACAAUGGCAUCCACCUAAGGGGCCUAUGGGGACACUCAGAUAUCAGGUAUUGCCCAAUGCAGAAAAUGCAUACAAAGCACCCAUCUUACCUUAUCAUACCAUAUUAUAUCAAAGCCUGUUACAAUGUUAUAACAACAUUAUAGACUAUAUCUGAUUAUAGUACAUGAGAGAUUAAAUUUGACUAGAUCUCAUCACUUGGUGACUAAAGAAAGCUGUCUGUCUUUGUCCUCUGCCGUGGUGUAUGCUGAUCCCGUUUGUGUAUUCAUCCCACACCCCACACAGUGUGCUUGCUCUGCUGCUCGGGCUGUGGGACGUGUGACCCAAUCACCAUGGAGUGUGUCUGUGACCCCUUCUGGACAGAGAACCUCAUUCGCCGGAUCUUUGGCGAUGGAGAGAGCAACUGUGGUGAGCUAUGUUCAUUCAUCGGUCCUGAGAGGACGACAUACUUGUUUGCCCCGUCUGCUGUGAGAUACUACAUUCACAGUGCCAGUCCUUUCUCUAUUCUGUUUGGCAGAGUGGCAGGUUCUCUACUUCAUCCUGUCCUUCUUCAUGGUCAUUGUCUUCAUCGUGACAGUCACCUGGACGUGUGUCUACUGUGUCUACUGCUGCAAAAGGAGGAGGCGCACUAAGGUUGGGAAGAAAACCAAGUACACUAUACUGGAC